UUAUUGGAAUACUCACGGUCCUUCCCUCGUCUGCAGUUCAGAUAUAAAUAUUGUGCAAGAGGUUAUGACAUUAUUACAGCACAAUCGGUCCAUCGGGAAACAACUAUGAAGUCUCCGUUGAGCGUUUUGUUCGUGGUGGCGGGAGUUGCGGCGGUGCACGUGGGGUAUGCGCCUGCGACGAGCUACAUCUACAGGAGCGAUAACGGCGGACCCGGGAACCUUAUCCAACUCGGCUCCCAUCAGUACCAGCAGCCGCAUGCGUUCGCGCCGCCCCUGCCGAUCGCGCAGCCGAUCCAGGCGAUAGAAGCGUACGAUCUGGCGCCUCUACCGCUGCCGUACGUCGCCGCUAAGCCCAUCGUGAUCGAGGAUGCCGAGGAAGACGAUGAAUCCGAAGAAGAUUCAGGGGAAUAUCUACACAACGACCACGAGGGCGGCGGCGGUAGCGACUACGGCGAGGAGCAUUCCGCGGCUCACGGCGAGAAAGGCAGCAAAGGGUAUCAUUCCCAGGAUCAUCAUGCGAAGGGCGCCUCCGGGAGCUAUGGCAAGGAGCAUAAGGAAGGAUACUUCAAGGGUUCCGAAGGGGAAAAGGGCGAGCAUCACGACGCAGCCGAUGCACAUGGCUCUCACCACGAAGGCGGUGGAAGCUACAAGGGUGGGGACCACGGCCACAAAUCCCACUUCAGCAAGGGUGAGGACGUGACUGGGUACCAUAAAGUCUUCCACAAGGAUGAGUUCAAGAAGGACCAUGAUUUCUACGACGUGGCCGACAGGAAGGGACAUUUCAGCAAACACGGCAACGAGAAGGAGGAGCACGGGUCCGAGGAAGGUAGCCACGAGAAGGGAGGCCACGCUGAUGGUGGAUAUUCUAAGGGCGAUUUUGGAAAGUCCGGCUUCCACGCUAAAGGUCACGUGGAUGAGGCAGAAUCUGGUCAAUCGAGUGAGGAGGGGCACGAUAGUCAUUAUAACCACCACGAGGACCACGGGAAAAAGGGGGGAAGCGCGCACGAAAAGGAGUACGAAUACGAUGAUGAUGAAGAUGAUGAUGAUCAUUGA